AUGGAAUUUCCCUCGUUGUUAUACUGUUGGUGGUUGUUCUGUUUAUGCGUUGAAGAUACGAAUAGUCUGGGCAAAGAGACUGUACUGCCCUCAAAGAAAUCCUCAGAAUUCCAAUAUUUAACAAACGACGCAAUUAAUGACAACGAAAUCAAUCAGAUCGUAUCUCCAGUUUUUUCUGUAGCGGAGACAGCAGCUUCAACAACACAAGCACCAAAAAAUACUAGACUACCGAUUUUAAAAGAGAAGCAUCAGAACGAAACUUUGGAUAUGCACAUUAUUAAUACUGAUUCUCCUAUAAUACAAGCAGAAAAAACUUUUACUACAGAAAACUCUUAUAAUAUUAGCAUUAUAGGUAAUAACUCGAAAUUUACGGUCGUACCUGAAGUAGACACAACUAUUUUAUCUGCACAAAAUAGAACAAAUUUUAAUGAAGGUACAAAUUUGAUUAACAGUAAAAGCGACUGGUCUGAUAACUUACAUCUUCCUGAUGUGGAAACAUCUUGGCUAGAAUCUUAUCACAAUUCUACUAGUAAAACAAUUAAAACGUUCCAAGAUACAACGAUACCUUAUAAAUUAAACAAUAUUUCGAAUACAUCUGAUUAUACCUCUUCCGAACUUCUAAUAUCAAAUUUGACUGGAUUAGAAACAACAAUAUUACCAAAUAUAACAUCUGCAAUCAAUUUAUCUGAUAGAAUUAGUUAUAACAAUUUUUCGGACAUCCCAAUUUUUAACUCACAAUUUAAGAAUAUAUUCCCUUAUGUUAAAAGUACCCUCCGAAUAGCCCAGAGACCUAGUUUUGCUGGUUUAGGCACAACUGCACCUCCAAGGAUAAAACCAGGAAAACCUUGGCCUGCUAGACCUCAAGACUAUCCCAAUUAUGUCCCUGCAACUGUUGCAAUCCAACAUUUUAUUACAAAUAGACCACAAUAUACUCAGUCUUUUAAUCCACAAUUUAACCAACCAUCUUCCAAGCCUACAGUUAUUUUUAGUCAAUCACAGCAAAGACCAAGCUUUGCUGGACUUGGAACAACCGCACCUCCCAGAGUAAAACCAGGAAAACCUUGGCCUGCUAGACCUGAGGAUUAUCCUAAUUAUUAUCCAACACAUACUACCAACGACCAACUUGCUACUAAUCGACCACAUUAUACUCAGUCGAUGAUUACACAAUUUACCGAACCAUCUUCCAAUCCUACAAUUGGCCUAACUCAAUCUCAACAGCGUCCAAGCUUUGCUGGGCUAGGAACUACUGCACCACCAAGAGUGAAACCAGGAAAGCCUUGGCCUGCUAGACCCGAGGACUAUCCUAAUUAUUACACUACUAAGCAGCAAGAUCCUUUCAAUGGACAACAAUUAACGGAAAUCAUCAACGCACAGUAUAAUAUCACGUCUUCUAAUUCUGUAGUUAGUGUCACCCAAUCAGAUCAGAGACCUAGUUUUGCUGGAUUGGGAACAACUGCACCACCCAGAGUGAAACCAGGAAUGCCUUGGCCAGCUAGCUCUGAAGAUUAUGCUAAUUUUUCUUCAAUUACUCCUACAAAUAUACAAAUUGGUGCUACUAUACCUGAAAAUCCAGAGCUCGUCAAUCCACCGUUCAAUAACCCUUCUUCUAAUUCAGCUCCUAGUUUAACUCAGUCAGACCCUAGACCUAGUUUUGCUGGACUGGGAACAACUGCACCACCCAGGAUAAAACCUGGAAAGCCUUGGCCAGCUAGCCCUGAAGAUUAUGCUAAUUUUUCUGCAAUUAUUACUACAUCUAAUCCAAUUGUUACUAGUAGACCUGAACAUCCAGAACUCGUUAAUCCACCGUUAAACAACCCUUCUUCUAAUUCAGCUUCUAGCUUAACUCAGUCAGGCCCUAGACCCAGUUUUGCUGGACUGGGAACAACUGCACCACCCAGGAUAAAACCUGGAAAGCCUUGGCCAGCUAGUCCUGAAGAUUAUGCUAAUUUUUCUUCAAUUAUUACUACAUCUAAUCCAAUUGUUACUAGUAGACCUGAACAUCCAGAACUCGUCAAUCCACCGUUAAAUAACCCUUCUUCUAAUUCAGCUUCUAGCUUAACUCAGUCAGGCCCUAGACCCAGUUUUGCUGGACUGGGAACAACUGCACCACCCAGGAUAAAACCUGGAAAGCCUUGGCCAGUUAGUCCUGAAGAUUAUGCUAAUUUUUCUUCAAUUAUUACUACACCUAAUCCAAUUGUAACUACUUCUAGCUUAACUCAGUCAGGCCCUAGACCCAGUUUUGCUGGACUGGGAACAACUGCACCACCCAGAAUAAAACCUGGAAAGCCUUGGCCAGCUAAUCCUGAAGAUUAUGCUAAUUUUUCUUCAAUUAUUACUACACCUAAUCCAAUUGUUACUAGUAGACCUGAACAUCCAGAACUCUUUAAUCCACCGGUAAAUAACCCUUCUUCUGAUUCAACCCCUAGCUUAACUCAGUCCGACCCUAGACCUAGUUUUGCUGGACUGGGAACAACUGCACCACCCAGGGUGAAACCAGGAAAGCCUUGA